GACCAAAGCAGAGCUUUGCUGAGACCAGAAUGAUAAGGGAAAUUUCUUUGGUUGAUUGGUCGGUUAGGUGUUACGGUGUUACAUAAUACGAAAUGGCGUGACUCCAAAUGGUCAGGCAUGUCAACCGGGCGCUCGAUCUUGUUUUCCUUUGAACGAGUGGUCUAGUUCUUUUUAAUACGUAACUUUCGGGGGCUGACCAGACAGACCAUCAAACGGAUGAGAAAACGGGCCUGUUUCAAUCCAGACGGGUAUAUAUACAUAGAUGCCAUGCUAUGGAAAGGUUAUAACUGUCAGCCAACUCUCCACGUUCACAAUGAAAGCAUUUGCCGUCGCCCUCCUCGCCGCCGUGGCUCACGCUCAAGAGCCGUACUACUACAAAUGGAGCCCUGAAACACCCGUGGCCCCCGCAUUCAAGUUCCCGGAAAACAUCCCUGUGCCUUUCCCCGAAACCAAUGAGCCCGAGGGAAACGCCGGCUACCAGUACCAAUAUACUCCAAACCAGCCCAAUGCCCGACCUUUCAAGGCUCCUGAGGACUAUACCCCCGUGGACUUCAAGUACCAAUAUGUCAGCAAGCCUGGGGAUAGCUUCAAGUACAAUUACAAGCCCGCCCCUGGGGAGUUCGACUUUACCUAUGUCCCUGGACCCAACAUGAUGAACCUGAGCCCCGAGGAAAUCGAGGCCAAAUCUGCCGGUGUAGCCACCAAUGUGCGAGAUGUGGCUGCCCUGUUGUCCACUGUCAAAUCGGACGAUAUCAAGGCCAUCACAGGUGAAUUAGGCUUUGGCCAAGACUUUGACUUGACUGGCGUGUCGGCCGGCAUCAACAAGAUAGGGGACUUCAUCGAGAAUGGUGGUAAAGCCGGCGCCAAAAUUGCCGCCGACAUUGGACCUCAACCUCAAGUGCCCGUGGCUCCCGUGGCUCCCAUCCAACCCGUGAAUCCUCUCCCUGAGCCUGUUCCAGUGGCAACUUAUGCCGCCCACCAAUCCGGCUCUCCUUUGGCCAUUCAAGGCUCUUAUUUGGCUGGUUACCCUGUGCCUGUCCAGACCCCUCUUGUUUACUACGGAUACUGAUCAGAAUGCCAAAUAAACCAAUACCAACGUA